AUGGAGGAAGAAGGAACGUCGUCAAUGGUUCCUUCUGAUGACAUUCACUGGAGAUUCUCUCAGGUCAAAGGUAUCAUCGAGAGUGAUGAACAGCCCACUGACGGUGAGUAUAACUUAACAUAACCCUUAAUAUCUGUUACAACUAAUGCAUCUUACAGAAACUAGUAAAUGUCAAAUAAAAUUAAACAUUUCAAACAUCAAGUUGAACGAAAUGUUGUAGUAAACUGACUUAAUGUAAUCUUUUUAGUAGAUCUGAUAUCAUGUGUAGAGUUCUCGGAUGACGGUGAGCUACUGGCUACGGGAGACAAGGGGGGUCGAGUUGUCAUCUUCCAAAGGAAUCAGGUAUGUAGCCGACUUCAUUGUGAAUCUUUUGAUUUUAGUCGUGGAACUACUCUGGCAACAGAAGCAGCGAGUACAAUGUCUACUCCACGUUUCAAUCUCACGAACCUGAAUUCGACUACUUGAAGUCGCUGGAGAUCGAGGAGAAAAUCAACCAGAUCAGGUGGUUGAAGAAGAAGAAUGCUGCCAACUUUAUCAUCUCAACUAACGGUAUGACAAUACUGUUGGUGUUAAAACACUAUCACUUCUUUACUAUAGUAUAAUAUGUCUUAAUCAUGACAAUGAUUCCAGAUAAAACAGUGAAACUAUGGAAGAUUUCGGAAAGAGAGAAGAAGGUGGCGGAUGGUAACUACAAUAUCCAAGACGGGUCUCGCAUCAGGAACGAUGAUCUUGUACUACCCAGACUCGAACCCAUGGAGUUGGUGGUAGAAGCUUCUCCACGACGAGUCUACGCUAAUGCUCACACUUACCACAUUAACUCAAUAAGCAUCAACGCUGAUCAGGUAUCUCAUCACAAAUACUUUAAAUAUAUUGUCAUACACAGUAACAUAUCUAUUUCAAAAUGAAAAAAAAACAUAAGAAAUCAUUAAUACCUGAAGCCUUACGUACUAUUUCAGGAAACGUUUAUAUCAGCAGACGACCUCCGCAUCAACCUAUGGCAUCAUGAAAUCACCAAUCAGAGCUUCAACAUAGUCGACAUAAAACCCGUGAAUAUGGAAGAACUUACUGAGGUAAUCACGGCAGCUCACUACCAUCCAAUCGAGGGUAACUUGUUCUCCUACAGCUCAUCCAAGGGCAUCAUUCGACUAUGUGAUACAAGGAUGUCAGCAUUGUGUGAUCAAGCUGCUAGAGGUCAGUUUGUGUCUUGUUUAUAGGUACUUCAAGUAUUUAGGUUUACAUAGUUUGACAUACAAACGAGAUAUCAUAAAAUAUUAUAAAAUAUUUGCCAUUUACUACGUUCAUGUUUACAGUAUUCGAAGAGAAAGAAGAUCCUACUACAAGGUCGUUCUUCUCAGAAAUCAUCUCCUCCAUAUCCGAUAUCAAGUUCUCCAACAAUGGACGAUAUAUCAUGACCAGGGAUUAUCUUACUGUUAAUGUAAGCGAUUGAUAAUAAGGAAACCAUAUUUUACAGUAAUCUAAUCACACAUUUUACAACUUUAGGUAUGGGACUUGAGUAUGGAGAACAAACCAGUAGAAACAUACUACGUACACGACUAUCUCCGCUCAAAGCUGUGCACCUUAUACGAGAACGACUCCAUCUUCGACAAGUUCGAGUGCUGUUGGAGUGGAGACGACACGUGAGUUAAAAUACUAUAAAUAUACGUAUACUGUAACAUAUGAUCCUGGAGUGUUUGUAGCAUCUACUGCAAUAUUAUUUGUCACAAAACCUCGAGUAUGACAUUUCAGGCACAUCGUAACCGGAUCCUACAACAACUUCUUCCGAACGUUUAAACGCGGCUUCGGAGUCGAAUCAACAUACGAAGCCAGCCUCGACCUCUGUAAACUACCAGCCAUGUACAGGCAGAAAAAGAACAACUCCGGCCUCAUGGGUCGGAAACGGAAGGAAGACAUCUACACCGACCACCUCGACUUCACCAAGAAGAUCCUGCACUGUGCGUGGCAUCCCACUUCCAACAUCGUCGCUCUGGCAGCCACGAACAACUUGUACAUCUUCGAAGGUGUGCCUGUCUCUCAAUAG